UGACCUCUAAAAUCUAAAACCCCCCAGAACCAGCAGUCAGUCCUAAAAACCUUAAACUCAAAACGAAAUGUUGCCGGCGUCUCAACUCAUCUUUCACGGCGUCCCCUGUCAUGGACCAUCAGAUGGCAAGUGCCUAAGUGGAUUCGUGGUACCACCGUGUUCCUCUUGUAAUGAAUAUAAAAGAUUUACAAUGUUCAAACCUGUACCUUUUGGCUUUGCUUCAAAGGGUCCCAUGUCAUUUAUGUGCAAUGCAAACUCUAGCGGUGGUCAGAGAAGGAAUCCUGAUUUUUCUAGGCAGAAUAGACAAGGCUAUUCAAGAAACAAGAAUAGGAAUAGUGAAGAUCGAGAUGGCAUUGAUGGAUUCGAAGACUCUGAAGUUUUUUCUUCAAAGAACGGACCGUCUUUUCUUUCGGGAUCUUCUCCCCCAAAGUUCCAAUCCGCUGCAACUCCCGGGCCUAGAGAGAAAGAAAUUGUGGAAAUUUUCAGAAAAGUCCAGGCCCAACUCCGGGAACGGGCUGCACAAAAGGAAGAGAAAAAGGUUGAAGAUUCACAAGGACAAAAUAAACAGAAUGAAACUGUGGAUUCUCUCUUAAAACUCCUGAGAAAACACUCUGUUCAACAUGGAAAGAGCACAACCAGCAACAGAAACAAUAAAGACUUCGUUCUAGACCACCAGCCCGAACAGAACAACUCGUUUAUAGAAGAUAAAAGCCCAAAAGACUUGAAUAACAGAGUCAAACAUGAGGUCCAAACUACUGCUAUCCAAUCUAGUCGGCCUGCAUCAAAUUUCCAAAAGAGAUCUCCUGUUUCUAAAUUGAAAUUCAAGCCAAUUUUAACCAGUGAAGAGUCUUUUAACCCUGAACCAUUUAAACGGAAAGAAAUCAUACAUGAGCCUGAGUCUACGCCUGAGGUCAAAUUGGAGACCAGGUCUGAGCUGAAGGUUGAAAAUGAAGCCUUCGACGAGUUUGAUGAAAGUUCAGAUGAUGAAGCUUCUGACAUUGAAGAUACUGCUGGUGAGAUUGAUAAUUCAGACGAGGUGAAUGUGGUUAAAAGUGAUGAUCUAAGCGGCAUGAAGUUGGUUGAGUUACGAGAGGUGGCUAAAUCUCGAGGCAUCAAGGGGUUUUCGAGGCUGAAGAAAGCUGAGCUAUUGGCGUUACUGACUUGUUGAGUGUUGCUUAUAUUAAAUGAACUUUUGUCACUGUAAUGUACCAUAGGACCGAACUAGCUUGUUUUUCGCCCUUACACCUUUCUAGUUUUAUUUGAUAUCAACAAUUUUAUGGUACUUACCUACGAAUGCAGAGUUUGGCUUGAGAUUGUUGAAGAAAUUCACAUUGUAUCGGCAGUCUUUAAGUUUGUAUUCAAUGUUUGGUGUAGUUGAGUUGAA